UCCCUCCACGGACGCCAGUGCUGCUGUAGCCUACCAGCACACAAUUGUCCCGUACGUGCAGAUGGUACUCUGGUUCGAUGGCUUCAGGGAAACGGAAUUUCUGCAUUUGAGCCUCAGUUCGGUGAUUCGGGACUUAGUAAAGCUUUCAAUGUAAUAUUUGACACGGCUGCUGCAGACCUGUGACUUCUUCCCAAAGACCAGACGAAGUGCCAAGUGAUGCCAAAACAUUGCGCGCGGACAACCAAGCAGUGCGUGUUUCUCUCUUUAUCAAGUAUUUGGAUUUGACAAAUCAAAGCCUUUCAAGGUUCAUUCCUUCAACUAACUUCAUAGUUGGUUUUAAUUAUCUUUAACCUGGAAUAUUGGAUUUUUUUCUUCUUCAUAAAAACCCUUUUAGUCACUUGAAUGGGAUUGUGACCUCUCGUCAAUGAAGUCCGGCAGGCGACCAAUGAAUUAAAUAUGAGAAGUUUGAUUGUUUUUAUUCUGUCUUUAUCAACGUGUCUGUCAGUGGUGAGUGGAAGACAUCCAACAUGUAACUUCCUUCUGGAGCUUGAGAAAGACCAGGAGGAAUGUCUUGUGAAGCUGAGGGAACAAGAAUCUUCAAAUGCCUCCAAAGGAGCGGGAUGCAAAGCUAUCUGGGAUAACAUAGCAUGUUGGGGCCGUGCAGAGGUUGGAGAGACAGUAUCUAGAGAAUGCCCCAGAGUGCUCAAGACAUUCUUUGGCAGAAAUGGAAACAUAAGUAAGAACUGUACAGAGGACGGAUGGUCUGAAGUUUUUCCCCAAAUAACCCGUGUGUGUGGGGCAGAGGAAAAGCAUGAUAAGCUGGUCUUCUUUAUGGUGGUGAAGACUCUGUACACCCUGGGCCACAGUUUGUCUUUGAUCGCCCUCACAACCGGGAGCGCCAUCCUCUGUGUAUUCAGAAAACUCCACUGCACGAGYAACUACAUUCACCUCAACCUGUUCUUUUCCUUCAUCCUGAGGGCGGUGGCGGUCCUUGUGAAGGACGACAUCCUCUUCUCUCGCAGCAAUCAGUGUUCUGAGCUGCCUUCACUGAUUGGAUGCAAGGCGAGCCUGGUGAUUUUUCACUACUUUAUCAUGGCCAACUUCUUCUGGUUGCUGGUUGAGGGCCUCUACCUCCAUAUGCUGCUGAUUGUCAUCUUCUCUGAAAAUAGGCACUUCAUCGUUUAUCUUCUCAUUGGCUGGGGAAUCCCAACAGUGUUUGUUUCUGCAUGGGCUAUUGCAAGAGUUUAUUAUGAGGAUACUGGCUGCUGGGAACAGAAUGAUAACCCAAUCCCAAUGUGGGUGAUCAAUGUGCCCAUAGGAAUCUCCAUCAUGGUGAACUUCCUCCUGUUCAUCAGUAUUAUAAGAAUCCUGGUUCAGAAYRUGAGGUGUCCUGAUGUGGGUGGCAAUGACCAGUCACAAUACAGGAGGUUGGCCAAAUCCACUCUCCUGUUGAUCCCUCUGUUUGGCAUCCAUUACGUUGUCUUUGUGUCUCUCAAUGAAUCCAUGGCAGAUUACAAAAUCUUCUUUGACCUCGCUAUCGGAUCCUUUCAGGGCCUGGUGGUUGUCAUCCUGUACUGUUUCUUAAACAGUGAGGUUCAAGGGGAACUGAAGAGAAAAUGGCAGAGUAUAUGCCUCAACUGCCAUAUGGCCAGAAACUACACCCAGCACAACACUUAUGCCUCCAGAAACGGCUCAGAAAACAUGGCUCAGUUCCAACGUAACUGUCGUACCCAGUCCUUCCUGCAGACAGAGACUACUGUACUGUGAGGGCUGUGGGUAAAGAGGCAUCUGUCUCCAUUAAAACCCUACAAAACUCUGGUAUUGGCCUAAAUACACACUACAGCAAGCAUAGGCUACAGUUGUGGGCACUAAAAAGUUAGGUUGGCCCACAGUAUUGGCAGAACAAUUAUUGAAAUGGCUCUAGGAUCUUGUAACGAGUUUGUCUAUUAAACCUGUACCCUUUAUUGUGCCUGCAACUUUUGGCAGAUGUCGUAACAGGGUAUUUUUAACAGAUAUGAAUAAAUUGGUCUGUCUGCAGUAAUGUCAAUGUUUUUAAUUCAUUGGUUAGUUUAAAUACACCUUUCAUUAAUGGAUGCCAGGGAGAAGUGCUGUGCAUGGCUAAUAUACCUCUCCCUCUCUCUUUCCCUCUCCCUCUCCCUCUUCCUCUCCCUCUGUGGUGAAAUGGAUUUCACACUGUGCUUAAUGACCUCAUGCAGCCCUCCACCCAUGUGUUCUGAAACUAGUCUAAAUGAACAAUGUCUUUCAAGUUAAUAUUUGAGUCUCAAAUGGCACCCUAUUUCCUAUAUAGUGCACUACUUUUGACCAAAGCCCUAUGGGUCCUGGUCAAAAGUAGUGCACUAAACAGGGAAUAGGGUGCCAUUUGGGACAUUGAUAAUAUCGUUUGAGUCAUUUGUGAUGACUUUCAGAGUGAAAAUAACUAAAUGGUAAGAGCGAUUUAUGGAAUCAAAUGAACAAUGGUUUAAUUUUGACUGUCAAACAUUGUAUCUACUUUCGUAAAUGUAAAAUAACUGUAGCAUAGAUUUAGUUUUCUUCAUGGUUCAUUUGCUGUUUAAACAAUUAAGCAAUGUGUUGUCGAACUGAACUGGGGUUCUAGUAGAUGUAAUUUUGUGAAACAUGAUUAUAGGAAGACUAGGAUUGUCAUGACAAAGAUGUAUA